AGAGAAGCCCCGCCCACCAAGGCCAUGGAGGUGGAGUCUGCAGAGGCCCUGUCGCCAGCCCCAGGCUACAAGCGCUCUGGCCGCCGCUACAAGUGCCUGUCAUGUACCAAGACCUUUCCAAAUGCCCCCAGGGCCGCGCGGCACGCUGCCACACAUGGAUCUGAAAGUGGUAAAGAGGAGAUGGCCGAGGUCAAGCCAAAGCCGGAAGCGGAACCCAAGCCGGAAGAGGCCAGUGGGGACAAGGUGUCAGGUGCAGCGGCUAAGCCUCGGCCCUAUGCGUGUCCACUGUGCCCCAAGGCCUACAAGACGGCACCUGAGCUGCGCAGUCACGGGCGCAGCCACACGGGCGAGAAGCCCUUCCCGUGCCCCGAGUGUGGCCGCCGCUUCAUGCAGCCCGUGUGCCUGCGCGUGCACCUGGCCUCGCACGCCGGCGAGUUGCCUUUCCGUUGCACUCACUGUCCCAAGGCCUACGGCGCGCUCUCCAAGCUCAAGAUCCAUCAGCGCGGCCACACCGGCGAGCGGCCCUACGCCUGUGCCGACUGCGGCAAGAGCUUCGCAGACCCUUCGGUGUUCCGCAAGCAUCGGCGCACACACGCCGGCCUGCGGCCCUACAGUUGUGAGCGCUGCGGCAAGGCCUACGCUGAGCUCAAGGACCUCCGCAACCACGAGAGGUCCCACACCGGCGAGCGCCCCUUCCUCUGCUCUGAGUGUGGGAAGAGCUUCUCACGCUCGUCCUCACUCACCUGUCACCAGCGCAUCCACGCGGCGCAGAAGCCCUAUCGCUGCCCGGCCUGUGGCAAGGGCUUCACGCAGCUCAGCUCCUACCAGAGCCAUGAACGCACGCACUCUGGCGAGAAGCCCUUCCUGUGCCCGCGUUGCGGCCGCAUGUUCUCCGACCCUUCCAGCUUCCGCCGCCACCAGCGGGCGCACGAGGGCGUGAAGCCUUACCGCUGCGAGAAGUGCGGCAAGGACUUCCGGCAGCCCGCCGACCUGGCCAUGCAUCGCCGCGUGCACACAGGCGACCGGCCGUUCAAGUGCCUGCAGUGCGACAAGACGUUCGUGGCGUCCUGGGACCUCAAGCGACACGCCUUGGUCCACUCGGGCCAGCGACCCUUCCGCUGUGAGGAGUGCGGGCGGGCCUUCGCCGAACGAGCCAGCCUCACCAAGCACAGCCGAGUGCACUCGGGGGAGCGCCCGUACCACUGUAACGCCUGCGGAAAGUCCUUCGUGGUGUCGUCAAGCCUGAGGAAGCACGAGCGGACCCACCGAAGCAGCGAGGCCGCAGGGGCUCCCCCGCAACAGGAGCUGGUAGUGGGACUGGCACUGCCUGUUGGUGUGGCCGGCGAGGGCUCGGCUGCACCAGCAGCUGGUACGGGGCUCGGGGACCCUCCGGCAGGGCUGCUAGGGCUGCCUCCGGAGUCAAGUGGGGUGAUGGCCACACAGUGGCAAGUAGUGGGCAUGACGGUGGAGCACGUGGAGAGCCAGAAUGCUGGCUCCGGGGAGGCGUCUGGUCCCUUGGGAGGGUCAGGUGAGGCGGGGAGUGAGGAGGUGGACGAGAAGCCCCCACAGUUUGCGUGCCGGGAGUGCAAGGAGGCCUUCUCCACGCUGACGUUACUGCGGCGGCAUGAGCGCUCGCACCCCGAGCUCCGGCCCUUUCCCUGUACCCAGUGCGGGAAGAGCUUCUCUGACCGGGCCGGGCUGCGCAAACACAGCCGCACCCAUAGCUCUGUGCGCCCCUACACCUGCCCUCACUGCCCCAAGGGCUUCCUGAGUGCCAGCGACCUCCGCAAGCACCAACGCACACACCCGGUGCCCCUUGGGACCCCCACGCCCCUGGAGCCCCUUGUGGCUUUGCUAGGAAUGCCUGAAGAGGGCCCAGCCUGAGGCCCAUCCCACCUCAGUCACACUCCCAGAAGCCAAGCCCCUACAGGGUGCCUCCUGAACCUCCUUUUGCCCCAGCUUACUCCUUAGACUCCUGAUCCCUGCCUGUGGCAGCUGGUUCACCAGAGCCUACCCACAGAGCUGGGGACAGUGCGGCCUGGCAGUGGCCGCUGAAACACAAGGUUCUCUCUAAGCAACAGUCAUUAAAGCAUUCACUCUG